UUUUCCAUUCUCCAAAACAAAACAGUUAUCACUCCAUUCUGCAAAACAAGAUUCAUCUCCAAGAAAAGAAGAAAAACCAGAAUCUGAAAAUGCUGAAAUCAGUAUUCACCAGACAAAAACAACACACAUCAACACGUCCAUUCAAAGAAUACUACACAGAAUGGUUCAACACCCUCAAAAACAACCACCUCCCGUUGCUCCGCCGCUCAAUCUCCAGCGACUCAUUAACCCUUCUCUCAACCCACGUUGAGCUUCUCCACCAGCAUUUCCAAUCUUACUACCACGCCCUCGACGCGGCUGCUACCAUCGACCCUUCACAGAUUCUCAACCAAGACUGGCGUAACUCCUUAGAAAAGCCUCUCCUUUGGAUCUCCGACAUCCACCCUUUCGUCUUCACAAACCUCGCCCGUUCUUUUCUUGACGACGAAGAAACCGAAUCAGACGAAAACAUGUCCGUUUCGAUGUCUUCCGACCGUCCCUGGCAGAUAUCCAUGGCGUGGAGGAACCCGUCAGAGACGCUGAUGACGCGCAUGGAACAGAUAGAGUGCGGGUUGAAAUCCAUCGUCCCAACGCUGAACGAAAGACUCGCGCGCGCAGAAGGAGGGUUUGUCGACCGUGUAGUCGGCGAUUGGUUUUCGUGUAAGGGUCGCAGCGAUAACAAAGGGAAAGUUGUUCUGGGAAAUGAUGUGAAGGUUUACAUGGAAGAGUUUGUGAGUGUUUUUCUUUACGCAAAUAGAUUGAGGAGAAGUGUUCUUGUUGAUAUUAUUAGUGCUGCUUCUGUUUAUCAAUCUGCUUUGUUUCUUGAAGGGUUGUCUAUGUUUCUCAUUGGGUUUAGAGAUCAUGAUUUGGUUAAUUCUGUUGAACAUUCCAAGAGUUUUUCGUCUGAUCAUGGUAAAGAUCAUAAAGAGUUUUGUGGUUCAAGGUGUCACUGAUUGGUUCAAGAAUCUUGUUUGAGUUCAAGUUAAGUCUUUUCUUUUCCUAUUGAGUUGUAGUGUUGAAUAUUGAGAUGGCACAGUUUUUGUGUUUAAGUGAUAUAGUUGAAGAGAUUAUAGUGUAAUGUGUUUAGGAAAUUAUGAUGUAG